AGCAAUUCAGAAGUCGUAGAGAGAACAUCGUUUUAAUUGUUCGUCGUAGUUUAGUGUAGUCAGCAAAUUUUUGUGUGAGUGUACAAAAAUUUCGUCAGUAGUGAUAAUUAGGUCAGAGCAUUGAACUGUGUACAACGUUAAAUACUGUAAAUUCGAUAUGAAAUGGGAUCGCCAGAAAAACUUUCUCAGUUUCUAGCAUCGGAGUUUGAGGAAAGUGAAAAUACUAGAUGUGAAAGUGAUAAUCCUCAAAAAUCAAUGGAGCCCAAUAAAGAUAAUAAUUUGGUUAACCAACUUUGGACUCUAAAGGCAUCUUUUGAAGAUUGGGGCACAAAGCUGUAUGAUAAGAAAAAAAUAUGUCAAGCAGACUAUAAAGAAUUUCUUGUGCUUUGUGAGAAUCUUGCAGUAAUCGCAGGGAAAACCGAAGUGAGCAGUGAGGGAAACGCGCAAAAUACAAAGGUAGAUGAAAGACUUAACAUGAUUGAAAAACAAAUUGAGAAGCUUUCAUCAAGUCUGAUAGUUUCAACUCCAAUCAAGAAGCCUAGCUACGCCGAGAUGGUCCAACUACCCAAGAAGAAAGAAGAAAAGAAGCCAGGAGAAACAAAGGAGAAAUCCAGUGAGCAGAGGAGCCGGCCGGUUCCUAAGGAUAAGACUAUCCUAAUAAAGCCGAAGGAGAUCCAGGGAACGGAAAAACAGACCAGCGAGAACCUGAAAAAAGUUAUUAAAAAAACUAUGUCUAUCGAGAACUCUUUGAAAGUUAAAAAAGCAAUCAAUGUGAAUGGCGGAGGAGUACUUCUUGUGAUGGACUCUAGUGUAGAUAAAAAUAAAAUUUUUAGCGAUUCUACGCUACAAGAUGCUAAAUUCGAGGUAAGUGAGCCACCUAAAAUUAAACCUAAAUUGGUAAUAUACAAUGUCCCUGCCGAGUGGAGUCAAGAAGAAAUAGUUAGCGAUAUUUUCAAUAGGAACUUUCAAGAUUAUAUUUCACUUGAGAAAUUCAGAAAUUCUUUUAAACCAAUUUUCAAGAUAGGCCCAAAAGAUAGGAAGCAGGUUAACUGGGUUGUAGAAUGCGCAGCAGAUAUUAGAAAUAAAUUAAAAAAUAUGAGAAGAGUAUUUAUAGACUGGUCAUCAAGCAAUGUAAAAGACUUUGUAUCAGUAAGUAGGUGUUUCAAAUGCAAUGGACUUGGCCACAUCGGACGUUUCUGUUCCCAGGAACACAACACAUGCAGCCACUGUGCAGAGACCAAUCAUGAUAUCAAGUCGUGUCCAAAUCUAAAUAAACAACCAGUAUGUAUAAACUGUAAAAAACGUAACAAUCCAGCUAACCACAAAGUAAGUGACAAAAACUGUCCGGAGUAUGAAAAGGCGCUGAGGAAGGUUGUUGAAAAGACCGACUAUGGGUAUUAAAAAGAUUUUUCUCGGUGCCUUGCAACACUUCAGUAAA